CAAAGAUGGCGGCGCCCGUGGAAGUAGCGGUGUGUACGGACUCAGCCGGCCAACUGUGGAAUUGUGCCGUGUGGGAGCUGCACUCGGGCACCAGCCUCCAUACGUAUCGUGGCGGGCAGACCGGGCCCCGCAGUCUCGCGCUGCUCAACGGCGAGCACCUGCUGGCGGGACAGCUCGGCAAGAACUACAUUUGCGCCUGGGAGCUGCAGCGAAAGGAUCAGCUUCAACAGAAGAUUGUGUGCCCCGGACUGGUGACGUGUCUGACUGCGGCUCCCAAUGGCCUCUAUGUCCUGGCAGGCAUUGCAGAAAGCAUAUACUUAUGGGAGGUUUCCACAGGGAACCUCCUGGCCAUCCUGAACCGACACUACCAAGACCUUUCCUGCCUGGCGUUCACGGAUGACAGCAGUCACUUCCUCUCGGGUGGCAAAGACUGCCUGGCCUUGGUGUGGAGCCUCCACAGUGUGUUGCAGGUGGAACAGUCCAAAGUUCCUGAUCCCCGCCAUGUGUGGUCUCAGCACACUCUUCCCAUCACAGAUCUGCACUGUGGUUUUGGGGGGCCCUUAGCCCGAGCCGCCACUGCCUCUUUGGACCAGACGGUGAAGCUGUGGGAGAUCUCUUCCGGUGAACUGCUCCUCUCUGUUCUCUUCGAUAUGGCCAUCAUGUCUGUGACGAUGGACCUGGCUGAGUACCACCUGUUCUGCGGGGGCAGCGAUGGGUCUGUGUUCCAAGUUGACCUUUUCUCUUGGCCUGGGCAGAGAGAGAAGACCUUCCGCCCUGAGCAGGAGAAUGGAAAGCUGUUCAAAGGACACCGGAACCAGGUGACGUGUCUCUCGGUGUCGGCCGACGGCAGCCUGUUGCUAUCAGGCUCACACGAUGAAACGGUGAGACUGUGGGAUAUCCAGAGCAAACAGUGCAUUCGGACCGUGAGCCACAAAGGUCCCGUCACCAAUGCCUUCAUCGUGCUGGCCCCAGCCAGCAUGUUCAACCCAGACUGCAAGCCAACCCUGCCCCUGCCCAAGUUCAGCAAGAACCUUCUGGGAACUGAGAGCAGUGAAGGAUCGGGGAAUGAGGCAGUGAUGCUGCGCCUUGGUGUGCACCGGCAGGGAUCUGAGAAGAGCUAUUUGGAGAGAGCAGAGAAGCUGCAUUCGGUGAUGUGCACUACGUUGGACAAGAACUCCCUGGGAGACCAGGAGCAGCUGAAAAUCCGGGUGACCGAGCUGGAGGAAGAGGUAAACACCUUACGGAGAAUCAACAAGGACCUCUUUGACUUCUCCAGCCACAUCAUCACCAAGCCACCCAAAUGACUCCCAGCUCCGCCCGCUUGGCCUGCCCAGGAGAAGCCAGCGGCGACAUGGCCCAGACCUGCGUGGAGCUGGAGCCCGCAGCCCACAGUUCGGCCACGCACACCAGGACCCCUUCCCCUUCUGGGCACAGACCACCCUUGUGAUUCGGAACGCAUGGCCUUCACAGGGCAUCCCGGGCUAUGGAGUGGGUGGGGGCACACAGCGGCCAGCAGCCAUAGACUCUGCACUGGUGGUGAGAGCUGAGGCCCGGACUUUGUCUGCGCAGACGCUGGCUCCUCAGAACUGCCUGGGGGCUGAGAGAGGGGCCAGCACCCAGAGGAGGGGGAGCCCCUGUCACCAUGGGGUCUCCUGGAGCCACGGAUAACAUGGCUGGCACACAUCACCAACCGACCAAGGGGCAGUUUACAGUUUUUUAGUCCAUGAGAUCCUGGAUUUUGAUAAAAGGGCUUUUUUCCUC